UUUGGUCGUUGCGUGAACAUGCCUUCUUACCAUUACAGCAAUUUACAACUUCUCAUUUCUCUCUCUUCUUCAACAUUUAGCUCUUUGUUAUUUACUCAGUAGAACUGUGAGGUAGAUUCUCCUAGCACAGUUGCCUCUCUCUCUCACUCUCUCUGUUUUUAAUGGUGGGUGGGUGGUUGGGUGUGUAAAUUACUGAUAUAGUAUAUAUAUAAAUAAAUUGGUGUAAAGGGAUUGGUGGAGCUUAUUGUCGGCGGCAGCUCCCUUUCUGUUGGCAUUAUCUCUGUCUCUUAUUCUCCAUUCAAUCUUCAUUCAUACAAUACAUGAAUUACUCUUUCCUUCCUUGAUGAAUAUGAAUGUGAAUGUGAAUACGAUGAUGGAUCACUAGUUUCUCCUUGUAUAUAUGCGCCGAUCUGCAAUUCAAUUCCAAUCCAAUCAGUCUGAAUUGCAGGUUCCAUGUAUGAUAGUACUACUCUGCUUGUAUUGGAACCCUAGCUCAACUGGAUCCCGGACCAAAUGUCAAAGACUCUUGCAGCAAUUCUAGGAGGUGCUGCAGGAGCCGUGGCAUUGGUGGGGAUACUCGUGUUAACUCUUUUGUAUUGCAUUUGCCGGCCUAGGAACGCUUCGAGAACAUCCGACACUGCUUCUUCUGAUCCUUCUGUUCAAGUUGGCAGAGCUGUUGGAAUCGAGUUUUCUCUGCGAGAUGCUAGGAGGUUUGGGAUGGACGAAUUGUCAGCUGCAACAAAGGAUUUUAGUGACAAGAGUUUGAUAGGACAAGGGAAAUUCGGGGAAGUGUACAAAGGCUUGCUUCAUGAUGGGAUACUUGUAGCCAUCAAAAAACGAUCUGCUCCUCCUACCCAUGAAUUCAUUGAGGAGGUCCGAUAUCUUUCAUCUAUUCAACAUCGAAAUCUGGUCACACUUUUAGGUUACUGCCAGGAAAAUGAUGUACAGAUUCUCGUCUACGAGUACAUACCCAAUGGCAGUGUGUCUAUUCACUUGUAUGGUGCUGGUCAGGUUUCACAGGAAAAGCUUGAAUUCAAGCACAGGCUUCAAAUAGCUCUCGGGGCAGCUAAAGGUUUGGCUCACCUCCACUCUCUAAGUCCUAGGUUGAUACACAAGGAUUUCAAAACAGCAAAUGUUCUUGUGGACGAGAAUUUCAUAGCAAAAGUAGCGGAUGCUGGUUUACGUAAUUUUCUCGGAAGAUUCGAUCAUGCAGGCACAUCUUCUCAAGUGGCAGCUGAUGAAGUUUUUCUUGCCCCAGAGGCCAAUGAAUUCAGACGAUUUUCAGACAAAAGCGACGUUUAUAGUUUUGGGGUGUUCCUUUUGGAGUUAGUAAGCGGGCAGGAAGCAAAAGAAUUGUUGCCUUCUGAUGUCAAUCAUAAUUUGUUUGAAUGGUUGCAGAAUCUCCAGGAAGGUGGCAGCAUAUCUACCAUAAUUGAUCAGAGAUUAGGCAAUAGCUUUACAACAGAAGGCAUGGAUGAGUUCAUGCAGUUGAUUACGCAGUGUGUGAAUCCAUCGAGCGAGAGGCGUCCUCUUAUGAGCUACGUGGUGACUGAACUUGAUCGGAUUCUUGAGAAAGAAAUGAGCUUGACGACAAUCAUGGGGGAAGGAACCCCGGUCGUGACGUUGGGAAGCCAGCUUUUUAUGGCUUCAAAAUAAGGAUGUGUUUGUUGUAGCAUUUUGAGUGUGUUUCGAGAUGAAUAUACUUGACCGGAAACACAAGAGUAAAGAAUAUAUCCAGCUGUUUGAUAAUUGUAUAAAGAACAGUUGGGUGAUUUUUUUAUUUUUUAUUUCAUGUGUGUCAAUUAUUAAUCAAUCUUCUUCUUGUAAACAAAACUUCUAUAUAAUGUUAAUAUAAUAGUGAAGUUGAGUUGGA